AUUAAAAAAAUAAAUAAAUAAAAUAUCGUUUAAAAUUUCUAGCGAAAAGAAUAAGGAAUUAUGAUAUUACAGAUGACGAAACUAUUAUAUAAUUCAUUCGUUUUAUUCUUGACCUAUUGGGUAUUAGCGACGAGUGUCAACGCACAGCUUCCAGUCGUUGCUCCAAAUGUAAUAAGAAAGUUCUUGAGUGGAAAUAAGAGCAUAGUAACUGACAUAAUACUUAUAAUGGAAACUGUGGUAAGCCCUAAUGCUAACUAUACGUGUGCAAAAAAGGCUCUAAUUAUCUUAGCCAAAUUGAUUAAUCGAUCGCUCAACAUAAGCGCAAACCGCACCCAUGUGGGUAUAGUGAAAUACGAGGAAACGGCAACCGUCGUUCUCAAAUUAAGAGCAGGAAAUAAAAUCAAUAUCGUUACCGCUAGGUUAAACACAAUAGUCUCUACUGGAGGUAUUCCUAGGCUAGACAGAGCCUUAGCUCUGGCAAGGAACAUGCUCAUGAAAGCUGGUAGACCAGGAUCGCAGAAGAAGAUCCUUAUAUUUACUUCAACGCCAUCAGACCAAGAUCCCAUUCCGAUAGCAAAAGCGAUUAAGGCUUUGGGUAUUAAAAAAAACUCAUAUAUAAUUUGAAAAAAUAAACAAUGA